GAUUUCUACAUUUCCAGCAUCAGUUGUCAGAGCUAACUCCCCGAGUACCAUACCUCGAAAAACAAAACCAAAACUCACAAUGAAAUUCCUGUCGCUCGCCUUUGUCUUCGGUCUGCUGGCCCUGGCUGGUGUGUCCUCCGCCACUCCCCUGAAUCCUGGCAAUGUCAUCAUCAACGGAGACUGCCGUGUUUGCAACGUGAGGGCCUAAGGCUGCCGAUGGAAGAUGGAAGAAUACGCUGAAAUAUUGGCCAAAGUUUUCGAUUUACACCGCCAUAUAAAUUAUGUUACAAAUAAGUCAUAAAUAAAAAAGACAAAUUUAAUAAAAAAAU